UAUACACCAUGCUUGAAGUUCAGUCAAGUCUGUAACGAAAACUAUUGGGUUUAAUGGAAACGGGAUCAUCCUGUUAGUGACACGGUAUCUACCGACGCCAUCGGCAUAUAAAAACGACAUCAAGACCCAACACCUCUUUAGAUAUUCUACAUCAUCGUCAUGCGGUCACUACGAGCUACACAUUUCGCCUUUGUUUCAUUUGUAUUACUUUUAUUUCAAGUCGAUUGUUAUCCAAAUAAACCUGCUUCAAUAUCGGACACAGUCGCGAACAAAAAUACCUUCAUUAAUCAACUUAAAGAAACCGAUCCAGAUCGCGAAUACAAAGCAAGAGUGGAAGAAGUUAGAAAUCCCGAAGAUGAUUGUGACGAUAAAAAGGCAGAUUAUUCAAAAAGGCCCGAAGAAAAAGAAUACGAGGUUUUGACGCCAGCUACCAAAAAAGUUUCUUAUGCUGGAAGCCAGUUGUGGAAAGUAAAUCUUACAGACAGUAGAAAUAAGGCGAUCAUUUUGAGGCUUAGAGACCGAGGAGAUGUGUCCGUUUGGGGAGGAAACGUUACAAUUAUCGACACUUUGGUCAAACCAGCGUCUGUUGAACGAGUUACAAACAUAUUUAAAAACAGAAACAUCCCCUACGAUAUUAUAAUUGAAAAUCUUCAGGAGGCCAUCGAGGCUGAGAAUCCGCCACCCCCAGCGGAAAUACAGGAGCUUUCAGAGAGAAAAGGUAUCAAAAAAGUUGCAAACUUAUAAUCGAACCCUUUAAUA